CAUGCAUGCAAUGAAGUGGGUGGAUUAAUUUGAAGGAAUAUAGUGUUUAAUCUGUGGAACUAACUUUUAUUUUUAUUUUGUUUAAUAUUUUUUAUUGUACAUUUUAUAAUUUUUUUGCUUUAACUUGUAGUGAGUUAUUAAGAAAAUGUUACUGAGUUAUUUGUUUUUUAUAUUAUUAUUUAGUAAUUUAGUUUAUGGGAAGAAUUCUACUCAAUAUGAUACCAGUAAAAAUGUACCAUCUGCAAAACAAUCAGAUCAAGAUGAUUCAAAUAGUCCUAAAAUAGUCAGCGAAGGUGGCCCAAUUUCACCCAUUCCGUCAACUUUAACACAGUUCAAAGAAAAUCAUACUAAUCUUAUUAGUGUAGAUAAAGAACUAGGUAAAAACAAAGAACGCCCUGUUGUAGCCCGUAAAGGAGUUGAAUAUCCACCUUUAGAAGAUAAAGAUAUUCUUUCUUUCAAUUCAACAGAAGAACUAAAAGAUGUUGUACAAAAUAAAUUCAACAUAACAGUUUCUGCUUCUUCAAAGGGUAAUAUGAAGAAAGAUCAUGAAGCAACAGAAAAACUAAAUAAUGUUCCAGUUAUACAAAAUGUUUCUACAAUACCAUUGAAACCUACCGUCCUAUCUUAUGAAGCUCUUGAAGAAAUAGAACAGCAUACUAAUAGUGAAUCAGUAUCAAUCAAAUCUUCUUCAGAAUCUGUAAUCAUUGAUCAAAUACCCAAUCCAAAUAUCAAUAAGAAAUUUCAGUCCAUGAAUGCUAGCCGCCCUGAUUUGAUAAUGCCUAUUGUUAUAACUGUAUUAACAGUGCCAUUAUUUGUAGUACUUGGCUAUAUGGCAUUGCGACGUGGUCAUGAAGCUUGGAAAAACAGACAUUAUAAAAGAAUGGACUUUUUGCUUGAUGGCAUGUAUAAUGAUUAAAUAUAUUUCAUAAAGAUGUUAUUAGUAAUUUGCAGAACAGUUGUUACUAGUUGUUGUUAAUGAAACUAUUGAAAUUGAUCAAGGUAUAAAGGAUUAAGUAGAUAUUAUCUGAAAUCCAUAUAGUUAUUAAACUUUAGAUCUUUUAGUUAACUUUAAAUUUUCACAUUAUUUCAUUACGUUAAGUCUUGAUAGUGUUUUUAGAACAGUUGACAAUAAAUAAAUAUAAAUGAAACUUUGUCCUUUGAAGAAGAGUAAUUUUAUAAAAAUGACAAUGUGACAUAGUGAAUGUGAGAUAGCAAAAUCUGUGUCUAUUGGUGCUUAUUGUGUGCCUUGUAGAAAAAUCACUAAAAAUGUUUUGUAAUAAUAUUUUGAUAAAAUUUACAAUACUUCAUAUUAAAAUUUGUAUAUUGUCUUCCUUUAGAUAUUAAAAAUUAUUGUGAUAUUAACAGGAUUUAUUCUGAUAUUAUAUCAUUGUUAUGAUUUUAUAUAUAAGUGUUUAGUUACCAAAAAUAUGUUUAUAACACUUACAUUAUUUCUAAUAGUAUAAAUAAGGUCAUACUAUUUUGAAUAGUUUAAAGAUAUGAGACAAAGCUCUCUGCAUCAAAUUUUAUAUUCAUUAAAUAAAAGAUCAAUUGUUUUAUUGAUUUUCCAACUGCAUUCUUUAAGAAGGCAAUUGGAAUAUUAAAUACAACUGAUAGAUUGGAUUAAUGUAAAAAUAACUAGUUAUAUUUAAAUUAAUAAGAUUUUUUGUAUAUAAUAAAUUUAACAUAAAUAUUUUUUUUUUCCAGACAAUAACAAUAGUAAAAUAGGAAUUACAUAGGUAACAAGUUGAUUUUAUCUUUGUGUACUGUACUGUGUUUUAGUAUAUUAACUAAAACUUUUAAACAUUUGCAAUAAUCCACAAGUGUGUUAUGUGCUUGAUUAAAGUUUGCUUGGGUGGUUUUUGUACUGAUUUAUUGUAUUUGUGUUGCAAAAUUGGUUUUAAAAUACAAUUUUAAGUUCUUAAUAUAGCAUCCUGUUGGAUGCUGUAAUGUUUCUUAUUACUUAAAUAUAUUUGUUAUAUGUCUGUGUAUUAAAGAUCCAUGGAUAAAAGCCCGUUCUUAUCAAGUUGAUAAACUAUUUUGAAUAUAUAUGUUAUGGUUUAUCUAAAGUGGCUAUUUUAACUCCCAGAGAAGUGAGGUACUGUAUAAAUAUACAAUAUCUCAAACACAGCCCAGUGGAUGUCUCGCCUAUGUACUUAUUAUACCUAAAUCGACCUUCAAGAUUUAUGUAAACUGUGUUCUGUGACAUUGAGAACACUCUGAAGUCUUUAAAGCAUAUGUUUCAAUUUAUAUUUUUUUAAUUGGUUUAAGUGAAUAUAAUAAGAUUAAACUAUUGUCCGUGCCAAUCUAAUUGUAUCUGGUGCUCCUGAGCAAGAUAUCGAACAGUACCCCUUCUGAUGAAGAAAAAGGUUAUCUUUUACAAGAGACAAUCCAAAAGAAGUUAUUGGGGGUGCACUUAAUAGUCUGUUUUAUUUUAAAUUGGUAAGUUAAUUUCUAUCAUCACGCAAGUGAGUCUUAAUCAAUUAUUGUGUCAGACAAGUGGAUACCUUAAUAAACAUAUGGUUUCAUAUUUGUGUAAUAGCAAUAUCUAUGCUACAAUUGUUAAAUAUAUGUAGGUAGAGACAUAACCUACUUACCUCCUUAUUCAUAAAAACUAAAACCUACAAACUUAUUUUAAUUAUUACAAUGUUUUGUCAGUUUCUUUCUAAAUUUUAAUUUAGUAAAAAAGAAAGAGACAAAACAGUUCAAUAGCUAAAAUAGGUUUAUGAGGGAUUUCAUUUUUUUAUGAAUAAGGGAAUUAGUAUUUAGUGCUAAUAUAGUCAAUAAUGUAGAGGUUCUACCUACAAAUAUAUUUUUUAAAUCGUUUAUGGUGUUAUUAAUAAACUACUUUAAUUAUUAAAA